UAAAGAAAGGAAGAAACUACUACUACUAUUACUACUACAACUACAACAACUACUACUACUACCAUUACUACCACCACCAUUACCACCAUAAAAAAAACAAUGACAGUAAUGAAAUAACAAGAGGAAAUGAUAACAAAUGGAAAAACAAAGAACAGGAUGUGAGACUGAUAUGAUAAAUUCAAAGAAACUACUAGAUACGACACACACACACACACACACACACACACACACACACACACACACACACACAUCCUGUGAAACUAUAUAAUUAUUUUGUAGUGUUUGAAGAGAGAUGCAGAGAACAGUCAUGCAUCUCUCUCUCGUCUUUUUGAGGGUAGUGUUUAUCGUUGAGUGUUUGUGCCAUGACAGUGUUUUAGCAGGUCCCCUCACCACCAGACAACACUCAGGUCUUUCUACCAGUCCUACAAUUACUACUACUACUGAUGAACACCACCCAGACCUUACUACCACUACUACUGAUGAUGAACCAAGGACCACUCAUGCUUCAACCACACCACAACCACCCAAGAGAAAUGUGAGGGCACUAUCAGAACCCAUUCUAGAAAAUACAACCUCAAGUACUAUGGCAAAUGUAACCUCUGAUCCGACCACACCACCUGCAGUAGAAGAAAGUAUUGUGGAUUUACCUGAAUCAAAACCUACUACAUUUUCUUCUCUAUUGACUGAUGUUACUACUGCUACCACUCAACAAACGUCUGGUACUGAAUUCUCCUCACCGCCAACUAUGACUCCUGAAUUCUCAAUACAAGGGACAGAACACACAAGUCAACUUCCUCAGUCUCGUCAUUUUGUUCACUUUAGUCAGUCCACCCCAAACUUGAGUGAUAGUGUAAUUUCUCCUAUCCAUACUACAGCUACUACUAUUACUACUGAUGGUGAUGGUGGUGGUGGUGAUGGUGGUGCUACUGCAUUGUCAGUGGUUUCACAUCAUGCUACCCCUGCCAAUCCUUAUCAUGAAAACCAGCAGUCACUUCCAGUUUCUACUACUAUGACUUCUAAUACUACUAAUAUGAUUACUACUACUUCUAUUACUUCCACUACUACUACUACUACUACUUCUACUACACCUACUACUACUAUUACUAACACCAUUACUACAUCUUUUGUUACUAGUUCUACCACACCUCCUCCUCCUCCUCCUCCUCCUCCUCCUCCUCCUCCUACUACUACUACUACUACUACUUCCACUUCCACUACUACACCUCUUACUACUACAAGCACACCACCAACCACCUUUCCUCCCACUUCCACUACUAUUACUACUACUACACCAACUACAACUGUCACUUCAGCUCCUCCUCCUCCUCCCACCACAUCCACCACCACACAGACCCCAACCACUACCACCAUCACCACAGACUCCAAACCCACCCUUGUAUCAAGUAAUAAUACCCUCCAUGAAACACCACAUAGAACACCACCACCACCACCACCACCAGAUUAUUUGCGUGUCACUAUCAUCUCCUCGUCCUUACUCAUUGUUGCUUUCUUCACUGUGUUUGUCAUAUUUUGGAAGAGGAAGCGGUGUGGAGAGGAAAGUAGAAGCCAGACCAGCACUAUGCCUACAAUGUCCGAUGCUUGGAUUUCAGUCGAGGAUGUUAAUGAGGGUGACAGCCAGCAGGUUUUCAAGAGGCACAGUGUUCAUGAGGGUACUCAGUGCUUUGAAAAUGUGCCCAGGUGUACUGUUAGGGAAAUAGACUGCAAUGAGCCUCUCCAUCUCUCAACGUUUGUGUCUUGUCAUUAAAAGUUUAGAGAGAAUGAUGGCUGAGAGAAUGUGUGUGUGUGUGUGUGUUUUCAUGCAAGAGGGGAAGCUGGCUGAGAACAAUAAAAGGUUAAAAGAAAAGUCCCACUUGAUUGCCAGUUUCCUAAAGAUAAGUAGAAUUAGAUAAAAGUCAAGGACAAAUGUGUGGGUGGGUGUGUGUGUGUGUGUGUGUGUUCACUAAAGCCUAGUCGUAAGUAGACCAGCCAUUACCCUACUUUUAUAACAUUAUGUCUCCAAUUUUCACUUCAGUAUGCUUAACCCCUUCAGUACCAAGACACAUUUUCAUAUUCAUUCUGGUUACUAUUUGGCAAUUUCAUACAGCAGAAACUUUUGUGGGGAUUAAAAUGGUGAAGACUGUGGCCAUUAAUCUAUAGACCUCUACAGACCCUUGCUAAUGUCAAUAAAAUCGUCUAAUAACACCCAAAACUCAUGGUAUAAAAAGCGUCUCAGUACUGAAGGGGUUAAACUUAUUGUUCACCUGGCCAUGCUGUAAUCUUCUACCUGGUCAUCACAUUCACCUCUCACCUGACAAGCUUCACCAUUUCACCUGCAUUCAACUUAUCAAAUUUUCUCAACUUUAGUAUUCUCAAUCAUUCAUCUCUUUUUCUAGUGAACUCUGGAACUCCCUGCCUGCUUCUGUAUAUCCUUCCUAUAAUAUACUUUUUAUUUUGUGUGACAGUUUUUGGCUCUUGGCACCAUCAGUAACUUUUUUAAAAUUCUAUAAUCGUCUAAUAUCACCCAAAACUCAUGGUAAACUCAGUACUGAAGGGGGUUAAGCUUAUUUUUCACCUGGUCAUCACAUUCACCUCUCACCUGACAAGUUUAAGGUGGAAAUUCGAUGACUCGAUAUCAAUAUCGGUUUUUUGGCUCUCCCAUUCCUAUUUUUUUACUGAAUUCAAUAAUAUUUAUACACAAGGUGUACGUUUAUGGUGUACAGAAAUGUG